AUGGAGGACGAGAUUGUGAAGCGACUGGAGGUGGUGUGCGGCGCACUGGCGCUCCCCCUCGCCGCGGCCGCCGAGGCGAGGGAGGCCGAGGUGGCGAAGCUGUGCCAGGAGGCGUUCGAGCACAGCUUCGCCGCGGUGUGCGUGAACGGCUGCUGGGCUCAGUUCGCGCUCCAGACCCUCCGCGCCCUCCACGCCCAGUCGCCCGACAAGCAGCCCGUCAAGGUGGCCUGCGUGGUGGGCUUCCCCUUGGGCGCCAGUACCUCCGAGACGAAGGCGUUCGAGACCAAGCAGCUGGUCGAGCUGGGCGUGGAUGAGAUCGACAUGGUGGUGAAUGUGGGCCGGCUCAAGGAUCAGGCCUACGGCUACGUGCUGGGCGACAUCAAGGCCGUCGUGACGGCCGCCACAAGAGCUGAUGGGUCGCAGGCGGUGGUCAAGGUCAUCCUGGAGACGGGCGCGCUGACCCGCGAGGAGAUCAUCGACGGCUGCCUGCUGUCGAGCCUCGCCGGCGCCCACUUCGUGAAGACCUCCACGGGCUUCAACGCGGCUGCUGGCGGCGCCAAGGUGGAGCACGUCGCCCUCAUGAAGAAGGCCGUCGGCGAUCGACUCCAGGUCAAGGCGUCUGGUGGCGUGCGGAGUGCCGCCGACGUGCAGGCGAUGGUGGCUGCUGGGGCGUCCCGCAUCGGCACCAGCUCAGGAGUGGCCCUCCCUCUUCGAUUUCACAAUGUAGUCACGGAGGCUGAGCUGCACAAGCUUCACCGUCGUUUCCAAAAGCUCGACAAGGACGGCUCUGGGAGCAUCUCCGCAGAUGAAUUCCUGUCGAUCCCUGAGCUGGCUGGCAAUCCACUGCUGAGUAGGAUCAUAGCCAUAUUCGACACCAACAAGGACGAGGAGAUCGAGUUCACUGAGUUCGUCAAGGCCCUCUCCACCUUCACCAACAGGGACAACCUCGAGGGCAAGCUGCGCUUCACUUUCCAGGUGUACGACAUCGACAACGACGGCUUCAUCUCCAACGGCGAGCUGUUCCAGGUGCUCAAGAUGAUGGUGGGCAGCAACCUCACCGAUGCCCAGCUCCAAAACAUCGUGGACAAGACGAUCCUGGAGGCCGACGAGGACAAGGACGGCAAGAUCUCCUACGAGGAGUUUGUGAAGCUCAUCACCAACACCGAGGAGCUCGGCGCCAAGCUCACCAUCACCUUGUAG